UGGAGAUACUUGUGGAGAUAUCUGCCCAGUUUUGUCCGAGGGGGAUCUACGUACUACAACGUUGUAUGGUUACCCGGCUUCUGAAGCCGGGCCUGCCCUGUAGCUCUCCCCUAGGUGGCCGAGGCCUCGGGCUGUUACUACUAACAUAUCUCUUAAUCCCCUAUUGGACAACCGUUCCUAACAACAAUCAAACCGUGGUGGCUUUGAGGCUGAAGAGGGAAAGAUGUUUAACCCCUCACAACUUGAACCCGGAAAUGCUUCUCCGGGAGGAGAGAAACGUCCGAGGUCGGAACCCUUUCAUGGUCUAUAACGGUCAGCUGGGUCAAAGACUCCGAGCCGAGAGUAAGUCCAUAAAUUAGCUACGGUAACACCCCUUUCUGCACAUUGGAUCAAGCCUCGUCUUCGUGGAAAAUACUAAGCACCAACACCUCCUCCCAACAUGGCCGAAGAAUACGCAUAUAUCACGGGCGGUGCAUCGGGCAUCGGCCGAGAAGUGGCAAGGAUGCUGGUGAAGAACAACAUCAAAGUCUUCAUCACCGACCGAGACAUCGACGGUGCCCAGAAGCUCGUUGACGAGCUGAACAAGGAAUCCCAAGUUGCACGAUGCGCCCAUGUUGAUGCGGCCAGCUGGAAUUCGCAAGCCAAAGCGUUCAGCCAGGCCGUGGCGGACUUCGGCCGCAUCGACUAUGUCUACCCGGUUGCCGGCAUUGGCGAGCGGCCGUGGAUCCCCAACGAUCCUUCGCUUUCAGGUUUCGAGGCCCCUGACCUGACGGUUUUGAAUGUGGACUUGAUUGGAGUCCUGUACACCAUAGCCCUGGCUGUCCAGCAGUUCAGAAAACAGGUGCCCGGGAAGCAUGGGUUCAGAGGCAAAAUCGGUUGUGUCGCUAGUGUCUGCGGCUUCUACUGUGUGCCAACAUUGCCGAUCUACACGGCUGCGAAACAUGCAGUCAAAGGUCUAGUCCAGAGCUAUGGCCGAUAUUUGCCAGAAGAGAAGAUCACCUGCAACGCCGUAUGUCCCAACGUGGUCAGAACCAACAUUUCGUCCGGCGCAUUCUACGACACUCUGGAAAAGGAGGGAGUGUUGACGCCAAUGCACGGAGUCGUCGAGACUUUCGAGAAAUUGCUUGGUGCCACCGACACCUCGGGCGAAUGCUUCGAAGUCGGUCCGAACUAUAACACUCAGGGGGCAGUGCCGAGGAAGGUAGCCGAACCGCUGGACAAGGAGAGUGCAAGGGUGGUCGAGCUGCUUUAUCAACGAGGUCAUUCUCUCCAUCAGCCACGUUAAGGCACGGGCAGGUUGCAGUGAUAUGCAGAUUGUAUGAGAUCAGAGGGUUGAACGUCUUUUCCAUGUUAAUGCCAUCACAUUCAGGCAGAUCCGCCUCCAGACAUCAUGUAUAUUUUGAUUCAUGAAGCUUCUCCAACUCCAAGUCCUUGCUUCAAGCACCAGA